AAAAGAAUUUUUUUGUAAAUUAAUAACUCUAUAAACUAAUUAAAUAUCAUAGUCCUAAUAUUAUUAAUUUAUAGAGUUUUUAUUGUACAUUGGAGUGAAUGUUCAACAAGUAAUCAACUUUCCCUCUUCCCUCUCAUGUGAAGAGUGUUAAUCAUCAAGUAAUAGAUGUCUUCACCAGAGCGACAUCUCAAAAAGUAUAUAAGGAUUUUCAUCUUAAGAUAGGUUUAUGGAUCUUCACCAACCAUAUUGAAAAGGAAUGUUGAAGCAAUCAGUAGUGGUCAAAAGCUGCAUAGCGGUCGAUUUGGGUGAAAAUGAUGUCCGAAAGAAUCAAAGUUAUCGAAGUGUAACCAAGCCGUGAUAGUCUGGUUGUAAUCUUUUGAGAUUCAAUGUGUAUACACGUUGGUCUUGAGUUCGGUUUUCAAAUGGGAAUUAAACAAUCACUUUUGGUCAAUUUGGAUUUGGACUUUGGUUCAAAUGGUUAACAUGGAAUGGCAUAACAGACAAUCGGUACAUCUCUUGGCAUUAGUCAGAAAAUAUUCCAAACUUGGAUUAAGCAGUGUGAUAGUCAGCUCACUCUAUAGUAUUAGGUGAUUUUCUACUGAGGCCGACAGGAUUAGUAGACAUGACAUAUCAAAGAAAAAAGAGAUCGAUGUGAAGAAAGUGAAGUGUUGAUGAGAGGCUGUAUGUGACAAGAAAAACAAAACCCAACAAUUACAUCCAUUCUUAUUUAACACAUGUUUCUUGUAAUCACUUACAAGUGGACUUCUUUAUAUAUUUGUAGACACAGAAAUACAUAAUUAUUCAGUCACUUAGUAUCUCUCAAAUUAUCUCUCUCUUGUUCUUCAUACUCAAAUAUAUUUUCAUACAGUCAUCAUCAUUGAUCCUUGUACUGAAAAAGAAUGGCAUCGAGACCUGGUCUUCUCACAGACUGGCCAUGGACACCACUUGGAAGUUUUAAGUAUUUGGUGUUGGUGCCGCUGGUUAUUGACAGCAUCUACUCAUACGCGGCUAUGCGAGAUCACGAGAAACUUUUGGUAAUGGCGCUAAUGGUGUGGCGGAUUGUUCAUAGCCAGGUUUGGAUAAGUUUUUCCCGUUACCGAACAGCCAAAGGAACCAAACGGAUCGUGAACAAGUCCAUAGAGUUUGACCAAGUCGACCGAGAACGAACCUGGGACGAUCAGAUCAUCUUCAACACUCUCGUUGCUUACUUAGCCAAAGUGUACCUGAUAGGAACCGAUACCCUUCCCUUUUGGCGACUCGAUGGUCUGGUUCUAGUCGCUCUCCUCCACGCGGGUCCGGCUGAGUUUAUCUACUAUUGGUUUCACCGAGCCCUUCACCACCACUUCCUCUACUCUCGCUACCAUUCACAUCACCACUCCUCCAUCGUCACCGAGCCGAUCACGUCGGUGGUACAUCCUUUUGCGGAGCACAUUGCCUAUUCACUAAUCUUGGUGAUGCCUCUAGUAACGACUUUUCUAUGCGGCACGGUCUCCAUCAUCUCCAUUGCACUCUACAUAACUUACAUAGAUUUCAUGAACAACUUGGGCCACUGCAACUUCGAGCUCAUUCCGAGAUUUUUCUUCUCUAUCUUCCCUCCUCUUAAGUUCCUCUGCUACACUCCUUCAUUUCACUCGCUCCACCACACACAAUUCAGGACGAACUAUUCUCUAUUCAUGCCAAUGUACGACUACAUCUAUGGGACCAACGACAAGUGCAGUGACUCAUUGUAUGAAACAUCGUUGGAGCAAGAUGAAGAGAAACCUGACGCAAUUUAUCUCACACAUCUAACAUCACUCGACUCGAUUUACCAUCUCCGACUUGGCUUUGCUUCCCUCUCCUCGCACCCCUUAUCUUCUCGGUGUUACCUAUUACUCAUGAGACCGUUCACUCUGAUGCUCUCAUUCAUACUAACUUUCCUCUCUUUUAGAAGCUUUGCCUUCGAGAGAAACCGCUUCCGUGAUCUCACUCUUCACUCCCACCUCCUUCCCAAGUUCUCGUCUCAUUACAAGUCGCAGAAGCAGAAAGAAUCUAUCAACAAAAUGAUUGAGACGGCUAUCCUUGAAGCGGAGAAGAAUGGUGUGAGAGUAAUGAGUUUGGGGCUACUGAACCAGGGAGAAGAAUUAAAUGGAUAUGGAGAAGUGUAUGUACGGAAGCAUCCUAAGCUAAAGAUAAGGAUUGUAGACGGAAGCAGUCUUGCAGCUCAGGUUGUGAUUCAUAGUAUUCCUGUUGGCAUUAAAGAAGUUCUAUUUCGAGGCCAAAUCACAAAAGUUGCUCGUGCCAUUGUCAGGUCUCUUUGCCAAAAUGGCAUCAAGGUGAUGGUUUUACGUGAGGAAGAGCAUUGCAUGCUAGCCGAAUUCCUUGGCGGGCAUUGUAUGGAAAAUCUGAUCCUCACAACCAAUCACUCCCCAAUGAUAUGGUUGGUAGGAGAUAGUCUAAGCAAUGAAGAGCAGAAGAUGGCAGAAGAAGGAACUCACUUUCUUCCUUUCUCUCAGUUUCCUCCUACUGAACUUCGAAAAGACUGCUUUUACCAUACCACUCCGGCUAUGAUCAUCCCGGACUCUGCCCAAAACAUCGAUUCUUGUGAGAAUUGGCUGGGGAGGAGAGUGAUGAGCGCGUGGAGAGUUAGUGGCAUAGUGCAUGCACUUGAAGGAUGGGAGGAACACGAAUGUGGUCUUGACGUUCCAAUGGUUAACCCUCACAGAGCUUGGGAAGCUGCUCUUCGACAUGGUUUCCAACCUCUGGUGUUGCCAUUUCUUUGAGAUCAAAAAGAGUUUCUUCUGUCAACUUAUUGCAUUUGUCAUUUUACUUGACUGAUACGUCAAGCUUUUAGAACUCAAACCUCUUUUAUUUUAAAAACCAAUGAUGUUAUGGAUGUUUUUUAUUGCUAAA